UUCGAUAGUUGUUAAAGUACGCCACUGCUCCUAAUAUAUUUUACGAACACAAGUAGGCGUUUACUUUCCCUUUAAGAGAGUGGCAUCUGUGAACUUUAACCCGAAAGAGUACAGCCCAACCCCCUGUCGGAGAAGCUGCGGGAAAAUGCAAAAACGCGGUGCAUUGCCUUAUAAGGCAUUUCCCAGAGCAUGCGUAGAAAAGAGAGUGUUGUUUGAAGUGAAUUGCAGUUAGUCAAGCAGAUUGGGCUGCAUAGAAGCAAUAGUACAGUAUCCUUUUUAGAUGCGUUUUUGUGAAGUUAUUUGCUCCUUAUUUUCUAUAUUUGUUUUUUUGUUUGAUGCAUAACUAUAAACAUGUUAGGGCAUUAUCCAAACGUAGAAAAGAGCCAGCUGGUCAGUUAUGUGGAAGAUUAUCUCGAAUGUGUGGAGUCUCUCCCUUUGGACAUACAGAGGAAUGUGUCUUUGCUACGAGAGAUCGAUACAAAGUAUCAAGAAGUUUUGAAAGAAGUUGAUGAUGUCUACGAGAAGUAUAAAAAAGAGACUGACCUGAGUCAGAGGAAGAGGCUGCAGAAUCAUCUCCAGCGAGCACUGAUCAGCAGCCAGGAGCUGGGAGAUGAGAAGCUCCAUGUGGUUACUCAGGUGAUGGAACUGGUGGAGAACCGGGCUAGGCAGAUGGAGGCCCAUUCGCAGUGUUUCCAGGAGCCACAAGAGGUCGAAAAGCCUGUGGAGAAAGUGAAACCAGAGGCUGUCCUGCCAGAGAGGCCUUCAACCAGACGUAUCCGCCGGCAACGCAACAGUGAAAGCCGCGAAUCGUGCCACAUCGCCAACGGGGUGGCAGUGCAGGAGGAGGCCAGUGAGGAGCAGACUCCCAAGGAGAAGAGAUCAAAAUCGGCCAAGAAGAAAAAACGGUCUAAAGCCAAGCAAGAGCGAGAGGUCUCUCCGGUCGAGUUUGCCAUCGACCCCAACGAGCCCACUUACUGCCUGUGCAACCAAGUGUCUUAUGGUGAAAUGAUAGGGUGUGACAAUGAACAGUGCCCCAUCGAGUGGUUUCAUUUCUCAUGUGUUGGACUCACCUAUAAGCCAAAGGGAAAGUGGUACUGUCCCAAAUGCAGAGGGGAUAGUGAAAAGACAAUGGACAAAAGCAUUGAGAAAACUAAAAAAGACAGAAGAUCGAGGUAGUGACGUCCAUCAGCACUUUUUUUUUUUUUUGUAUUGUUGCAUUUUCUUUGCAGGUAAAACAUUCUUUUAGAACAGGUGCAUAUGACUAUGCAAUACUUUUUAAUCUAUAGUAUUAAUGAAAUAUUAAAGUUGUUGUACUUUAAGUCUUGUGGUUUGUGUGUUGCUGCACUUGUCCAAAAUAAUGCAAGUUGUAACGGGGUGCUGUUGCGACAAAAUAGAACAAUGCAUCAUAGCACAGACCAGAAAGAAAACAUCUCCAUUUAACCUUAAGAUUACAGAAGGAGAUGUUUUUAAAAAUAAAGAAGUGCUGCCAUUACUUUCUGUACAGUAGGAACUAUUUGUUUGGUCAGAUUCACUUUUUGUUUAAAACUUUAUGAAGAGGCAGUAGAUGAACACAACUGUAUGGGCAGAACAGAAGUAACUCUACACAGUGUACAUUUGUUUGUGUACUUCAUUAUUGGUGGAAAGCACAAGGUUACCAACUAACUUGCAUUCACAGUAUUUAUAGAUCAUGAUCAAAAGACAAUACUCCACUUUUUUUUUUGUAACGUUGUAAAACAAAUCAUUGGCAAUUUUUAAUGUCUUCUGGCAAACGUCACUGUUUUAGUGUAUUGUUUGGUAUUCACUAAUUUAAUUUUGUAAUUUUUUGCAGUAUUUAAAUAAAACUGUG